CUAAUUUGCCACAAUCCAAUGGUCAUCUGAGUUAUUCUACCUAGUACUCUAGUCUAUAUGAGAAUUUUUCCUUUAUAUGGCAAAAAAAUUAAUAUGGUGAAGCUUUUCUGUACGUAUUGAUACUGAUUGCUAUAAUACAGUGGAUUUAAUACAAUUUAUUGAACCAACACUAUUGCAAUGGAUUCCAUUCCACGUACGCACGAAGAUAUUGAAGCACAGAUCCGCGAGAUACAAUCCAAAAAAAAAGAAAUUCAAAAUGCAACAACAGAAAAAGAUCAAGUAGGAUUGGGUAAAACAGGUUUUUAUGAUCAAGAUAUUUAUGAUGGAAGUAAUAACAAAUAUGAUGGUUAUGUUACUUCGAUUGCUGCUAAUGAUGAAAUUGAAGAUGAAGAUUAUGAACCUAAUACAUUUGGUUCAAAUAAAAGAGCUGGAUAUAAUGCACCUGCAGCUCUUCUUAAUGAUGUGGCACAGAGCGACAAAGAUUUUGAUCCAUUUGCCGAUAGACGACGUCCUACUAUAGCUGACAGAGAAGAUGAAUAUAGACAAAAGAGACGAAGAAUGAUAAUCUCCCCAGAACGAGUUGAUCCUUUUGCAGAAGGUGGUAAAACUCCGGAUAUUGGUUCUAGGACAUUUACUGAAAUUAUGCGGGAACAAUUGCUUAAAGGAGAAGAAACUGAGUUAAGAAAGAAAUUAGCAGAAAAAGCCAAGGAGGGUACUUUAAAAGCAAAUGGUGAACCUAAACCAGUACCUAAAAAAAGAGGACGUUGGGACCAAACAGAUGAUGUUCCUACGUCUAAGAAAAUAUCUGGAACUUCAGCUACGCCAACUUCAUGGGAUAAUGCUGAUGUAACUCCAGCUGCUAUUAGAUGGGAUGAAACUCCUGGUCAUGGUAAAGGAGGAGAAACACCUGGGGCUACCCCAGGAAUAAGCACUAGAAUGUGGGAUGCCACACCAGGGCAUGCGACUCCUGGUGCUGCUACUCCUGGUAGGGAAACACCAUCACAUGAAAAAACUGUUUCGAGUCGUAGAAAUCGUUGGGAUGAAACACCAAAAACAGAAAGAGAAACACCUGGACAUAGCAGUGGAUGGGCCGAAACUCCCAGAACUGAUAGAGUAACUGGAGAUUUAAUUCAAGAAACGCCAACACCAUCAGCCAGUAAAAGGCGUAGUCGAUGGGAUGAAACGCCAUCAAAUCAAACGCCUGGAUCCAUGACACCGCAAACACCUGCUACUCCACUUACAACUCCACACCAAGCUAGUGUUUUAACUCCAAGUGGAGUUACACCCACAGGACCUAAAGCAAUGGGUUUGGCAACUCCAACACCAGGACAUUUGAUGUCUAUGACACCAGAACAAUUACAAGCUUACCGCUGGGAAAAAGAAAUAGAUGAAAGAAAUAGACCACUUUCUGAUGAUGAAUUAGAUGCUUUAUUCCCGCCUGGUUAUAAAGUUCUACAACCACCUGCAGGAUAUAUACCAAUACGUACACCUGCAAGAAAGCUCACAGCAACACCAACUCCUAUUGCUGGUACACCCCAAGGAUUCUUUAUUCAGACUGAAGAUAAGAAUGCAAAAUUUGUAGACAAUCAACCAAAGGGCAAUUUACCAUUUAUGAAACCAGAAGAUGCUCAAUAUUUUGAUAAACUCUUAGUUGAUGUGGAUGAAGAAACUCUCAGUCCAGAAGAACAAAAAGAAAGGAAAAUUAUGAAACUACUUCUAAAAAUUAAGAAUGGUACACCACCUAUGAGAAAGGCUGCUCUAAGACAAAUUACAGAUAAGGCAAGAGAAUUUGGAGCUGGACCACUGUUCAAUCAAAUUCUGCCUUUAUUGAUGUCUCCUACUCUUGAAGAUCAAGAAAGGCAUCUGCUUGUAAAAGUUAUUGAUCGUAUUCUCUAUAAAUUAGAUGAUUUGGUUAGACCAUAUGUGCACAAGAUUUUGGUUGUUAUUGAACCUUUGUUAAUUGAUGAAGAUUAUUAUGCACGUGUUGAAGGUAGAGAAAUCAUUUCCAAUUUAGCAAAAGCCGCAGGUUUAGCUACUAUGAUUUCCACCAUGAGACCUGACAUCGAUAAUAUUGAUGAAUAUGUUCGUAACACAACUGCUAGAGCAUUUGCUGUGGUUGCUUCUGCUUUAGGAAUACCUUCACUAUUACCAUUCUUAAAAGCUGUAUGUCGUAGUAAAAAGUCUUGGCAAGCAAGACAUACAGGUAUUAAAAUCGUACAGCAAAUCGCUAUCCUUAUGGGAUGUGCUAUAUUACCACAUUUGAAAAGCUUAGUCGAAAUAAUAGAACAUGGACUGGUGGAUGAACAACAAAAAGUUCGUACUAUCACUGCAUUAGCUAUAGCAGCUUUAGCUGAAGCAGCUACACCAUAUGGUAUUGAAAGCUUUGAUUCUGUUUUAAAACCAUUGUGGAAAGGUAUACGGACACAUAGAGGGAAAGGCUUAGCUGCAUUUUUAAAAGCAAUUGGAUAUCUUAUACCGCUUAUGGACGCUGAAUAUGCUAAUUACUAUACUCGCGAAGUGAUGUUAAUUCUUAUUCGAGAAUUUCAGUCUCCUGAUGAAGAGAUGAAAAAAAUAGUUUUGAAAGUUGUCAAACAAUGUUGCGGAACUGAUGGCGUCGAAGCACAAUAUAUAAAAGAUGAAAUUCUGCCACAUUUCUUUAAACAUUUUUGGAAUCACCGAAUGGCAUUGGAUCGUAGGAAUUAUCGACAGCUUGUUGAUACAACCGUAGAAAUAGCAAAUAAAGUUGGUGCAUCAGAAAUUAUUAAUAGAGUAGUAGAUGAUUUAAAAGAUGAAAAUGAACAAUAUAGAAAAAUGGUUAUGGAAACUAUUGAAAAGAUAAUGGGUAAUUUAGGAGCAGCUGAUGUCGAUUCUCGUUUGGAAGAACAACUUAUUGAUGGUAUACUAUAUGCAUUUCAAGAGCAAACUACAGAGGAUGUUGUAAUGCUUAACGGCUUCGGUACUAUUGUCAAUACAUUAGGAAAAAGAGUUAAGGCUUAUUUACCUCAAAUAUGCGGUACCAUAUUAUGGAGAUUAAAUAAUAAAUCUGCUAAAGUACGACAACAAGCAGCUGAUCUAAUUUCACGUAUUGCAGUUGUUAUGAAAACCUGUCAAGAAGAAAAACUUAUGGGUCAUCUAGGUGUUGUACUUUAUGAAUAUUUAGGUGAAGAAUAUCCAGAAGUUUUAGGCAGUAUUUUGGGAGCUUUAAAAGCUAUUGUUAAUGUGAUAGGAAUGACCAAGAUGACUCCACCUAUAAAAGAUUUAUUACCACGAUUGACUCCUAUUUUAAAAAAUAGACAUGAAAAGGUACAAGAAAAUUGUAUCGAUCUUGUAGGUAGAAUAGCAGACAGAGGACCCGAAUACGUAUCCGCUCGUGAAUGGAUGAGGAUAUGUUUUGAACUUUUAGAAUUAUUAAAAGCACAUAAAAAAGCAAUUAGACGAGCAACCGUAAAUACUUUCGGUUAUAUUGCAAAAGCUAUCGGACCACAUGAUGUUUUAGCUACACUUUUAAAUAAUUUAAAAGUUCAAGAACGUCAGAAUCGUGUAUGCACAACCGUAGCUAUAGCCAUAGUUGCAGAAACAUGUAGUCCAUUUACAGUUUUACCAGCAUUGAUGAAUGAAUACAGAGUACCUGAAUUAAAUGUCCAAAAUGGUGUACUAAAAUCUUUAUCUUUUUUAUUUGAAUAUAUUGGAGAAAUGGGAAAAGAUUAUAUCUAUGCUGUUAGUCCAUUAUUAGAAGAUGCACUCAUGGAUAGGGAUUUAGUACAUAGACAAACAGCUUGUGCAGCUAUUAAACAUAUGGCACUUGGUGUUUAUGGUUUUGGCUGCGAAGACGCAUUAAUUCAUUUAUUAAAUCAUGUAUGGCCCAAUGUUUUUGAAACUUCACCACAUUUGGUGCAAGCAUUUAUGGAUGCAGUUGAUGGUUUACGUGUUGCACUUGGUCCAAUAAAAAUAUUACAAUAUACAUUACAGGGUUUAUUUCAUCCCGCUAGAAAAGUUCGAGAUGUGUAUUGGAAAAUAUAUAAUUCUCUUUAUAUUGGUGGACAAGAUGCUCUUGUUGCUGGUUAUCCACGAAUUAUGAAUGAUCCAAAGAAUCAAUAUAUAAGAUACGAAUUGGACUAUAUUUUGUAAUAAAUAAGUACAAUGUGCAAACUAUGUAAUAUCUAUGACAAUUAUUACAAUCAAUUUAUAAUACAUUAUAAAAAAUGUGUUUCAUAUUAUAUUGAAUCAAAUUAAUAUAGCUACAAUAUUUAUUUUUUGUUUGCUUUAUUCAAUAAACCAUAUAAAUAGUUUAAGAAAAUUUCUAUUUAAAUUAGUAAUUAUGAUUAUUAAUAAAACUGUAAAAAUAAAAGCCUAUGUAACAA